GGAUUUCAGACCAUUGACUACAUGACCGGAAUUGGCUCUCAUUAUUCUGGUAAACCAAUGUUUGAAAAAGAUGUCAUAGCUGAUGGAGAAGGCGGGGUAGUUUCAGAUGUGUUGAUGCCACUGGAGAUGGGAAUGCAAUCCCCUAGUGAAUUCUGUUUUCAGGAAACACUACCAGCUGAAUUGACAUCCUUAUUUGAGCAAAAAGAACUGGGACCACUAUGUGAACUUCCUACUGAUGAAGACUGGUUUGGGUUUCUCCCAGAGGAGAAUACACCAGAGAAGGCAUUGGAGUAUGAGAGAUUUGAACCUGAAAGCAGUGGAGCAGCUGCUGAGAGGAGGCAGAAGCUAACUGCCGAACAGGCGCAAUGGAGGUGGCUGUAGUAAUUCUCUAGGCCAAUGUAUG